CAGCAGAUGCAAUCUCCAUGUCUAUCCAAAAACAUCCACUCACAGAAUAUCUAUCUGAUACACAUCAAGAUCCAACUAUGCAUUUCACCACUACCGCCCUUACCCUCCUCCUCUUCUCCACAGCCGCAUCCUCACACGUCCUCUCCUCCCCCGAGGACACCGCCGUAAACAGCCUCGCCAAACGCGCAUGCGACUACAACGGCUGCGCCUGUGUCAGCGGCAUCCCAGCAGGCGUUUACUGCGGCAACUGCGUCGUCGGCGCAGGCACAUAUGCGGUUCGCACUAAGCGCGUGCGCACCCAUGUGUUUCAGUGCGGUGCGCGCGGUGCGUGCUGUGAUUAUGGUUACGCGACGGACUGUGGAGGGGAUGGGGCAAGGUGUAGGAGCGGAGGGCCGGAUUAGGAUAUACUUGUAUAAACUUGUGGGGGGGUGAAUGGGGGGGGAGAUGUAGGGUAGGAUAUGGAUAUUGGAUAUUGGAUGUUGGAUGAAUGGGCGCUUGGAAACGGUUACUGUUCCUGUUUACUUAGGGAUACUUAUUUAGUCUGCGGAAACAACGGGCAGCGCAAAUCAAAACUACUCCAUUUCAGCCAA